GGGGCCUGCGCCGUGCCGCGGGGGCCAUGGCGGCCGAGGCGGCGGAGCGGCACCUGGGGCUGCUGCGGGACGAGCGGGAGGCCGAGCUGGCCCAGAGCAGGGCAUGGCAGGAGAGCGUCUCCCUGAAGGAAUUGCAGCGGAGGGGUGUCUGCUUGCUCAAGCUCCAGCUCAGCAGCCAGAGAACCGGCCUCUACGGGCGUCUCGUCGUGACAUUCCAGCCCAGGAAGCGGGACUCGGAUGCCGAGCUGCCCUCCAACAGCUUUGGGCCUGGGGACAUCGUGGGGCUCUAUGAGUCAGCUGGGCAGGGGGACCCGCUGUGCACGGGUGUGGUGACACGUGUCACCCCCAAGGCAGUGACGGUGGCCCUGGAGGAGGCCCGGGAUGGGGAGCUGGCCCUGGACCACGAGCGCUCCUUCCGCCUGCUCAAGCUGGCCAAUGAUGUCACCUACAACAGGCUCAAAAGAGCUCUAACUGCACUCAAGCAGUACCGGGGUGGCCCAGCCUCCGACCUGAUCGACGUCCUCUUCUUUGCCUCUGCUCCCAGGGCAUUCCCUGAAACAAAGCCUCUGGAGUUCUUCAAUGCUUGCCUGGAUGAGUCUCAGAGGGAAGCUGUGUCCUUCUCCCUGGCUCAGAGGGAGCUGGCCAUCAUCCACGGGCCUCCAGGCACAGGGAAAACCACGACCCUGGUGGAGAUCAUCCUGCAGGCUGUGCAGCAGGGCCUGAAGGUGCUGUGCUGUGCCCCGUCCAACGUGGCCGUGGAUAACCUGGUGGAGCGGCUGGCGGGCUGCAGGGCGCGGCUGCUGCGGCUGGGCCACCCCGCCCGCCUGCUCCAGCCCAUCCAGCAGCACUGCCUGGACGCCGUGCUGGCCCGAGGGGACACCGCCCACAUCGUGGCGGACAUCAGGAGGGACAUCGACCACGCCUGGGCAAAAACCAAAAAGGCCCAAGACAAGGGAGAGAGAAGCCAUUUUCUGGGUGAGAUCAAGACCCUGAGGAAGGAGCUGAAGGAGAGAGAAGAGGCUGCCAUGGCUGCAGCCCUCAGCCAGGCCACCGUUGUCCUUGCCACCAACACAGGUGUGACAUCCUCCUGCUGGUGUUUUCCCUCCCUUUCCCACACUUGCUCCCAGCUCGUGGGAGCUCAGCAAAGUCUCCCAAAGCCCUCCCCAGUGGGAUUCUCCCAGCUUCCACUGUGGCACAGGAUGUUGUUGA